GCCGUGCUACGGGCGUCCGGGUUCUCCAGGCCCCGCACCGCGGGAUCGGGGUCGGUGGGCUCGGGCUCAGCCUUCGCCUGGGGACAGCCGGACCGCCCCUAGCUUCUUGCCCCACCACUCAGCCCCUGCCCCAGUCCCCCUUGCGGUGGUCCUUCUGGGCGUCGGGUGGCUCAGCUCUCAUCCCCAAGGCCGUCAGAAUGGUGUCCUGGAUGAUCUGUCGCCUGGUGGUGCUGGUAUUUGGGAUGCUGUAUCCGUCUUACGCUUCCUACAAGGCUGUGAAGACCAAGAACAUUCGUGAAUAUGUGCGGUGGAUGAUGUAUUGGAUCGUCUUUGCAAUCUUCAUGGCAGCAGAGACCUUCACAGACGCCUUCAUCUCCUGGUUCCCUUUCUACUAUGAGAUCAAGAUGGCCUUUGUGCUGUGGCUGCUCUCACCCUAUACCAAGGGGGCCAGCCUGCUUUACCGAAAGUUUGUGCAUCCAUCCCUGUCCCGCCAUGAGAAGGAGAUCGAUGCAUACAUAGUGCAGGCCAAGGAGCGCAGCUACGAGACGGUGCUCACCCUCGGGAAGCGAAGCCUCAACAUUGCUGCCUCAGCUGCUGUGCAGGCUGCCACCAAGAGUCAGGGCGCGCUGGCUGGCAGGCUGCGGAGUUUCUCCAUGCAAGACCUGCGCUCCAUCCCCGACACCUCUGCCCCCACAUACCAGAAUCCCCUGUACCUGGAGGAUGAGGUGCCCCGCCGGAGACCACCCAUCAGGUACCGGGCAGGAGGCCUGCAGGACAGUGACACAGAGGAUGGGUGCUGGUCUGAUACCGAGGCAGCCCCCCAGCCACCUGCCCGGCCCCGAGAAAAGCCGCUGAACCGGAGCCAGAGCCUGCGCAUGGUCAAGAGGAAGCCAACUGUGCGGGAGGGAACCUCCCGCUCUCUGAAGGUUCGGACACGGAAAAAGACCGUGCCCUCUGACAUGGACAGCUAGGGCCUGCACAGCCAGGACAUCUUACCUCAUGCCCAGAAGGGCACUGGGAGCUGUCUGCAGGGACCUAAACUGCACGUCUGGCCUGCCUGCCCCAGUGCCUGUUUCCUGCGGGGGAACCCCUGGGGUGAACCCGCAAGGUACCAAAGCCGCUGGGCCCACAGCCCUAUUUAUUGCCUUCCUCAACCCUCCACCUUCCCAGGUGUGGCAUUAGAGCCCUCUAAACCCUUGUCGAUGAAACCAAAAAUCUGCCCAACUGUGUGCCUUCCUUCCUGUCCUUCAAAGUACUUGAUAGCCUUUUCCAAGGCCUGGUGUGUGUGUCGCAGUUGUGUGUUUUGUGUUGGUGAAUGAGGUCAGGCUUGUGAACGUUUUGAUAAAUAAAUAAGUAAAGAUGU